UCUUUUUUUCUCUCAUUGAAACAAAUCAGAAUAAUUCAAUAAUUUAAGCUUAGUUCAUUUCUUCUUCAUGAAACUCACUAAUCACACUAUUAAUCUAAAAUCCGGGAAAAUUGGAACUUUCAACAAGUCAACUUCUAAAAUUGAGAUUUUUUCGGGAUUUUAGUCAUCAAAUAUUCAAAUUCAACAAAGGAAUAUCCAGAAUUACUUUGACCUCCAAAAUCUAAGCUAAAAUGAAAUACCCAUUUAAUUUUUCAACCUCAAAACUCAACUUCCAGUUACUCUGAGAUAAACCCAGAAGAAAAAAUUCAUAAAUUUGAAGUGGGUAUGAAAUUUUUUAUGAAAAAGAUGAAAUCUUUAGUAGUAAUUUCAAUUGGGGUUUUCUUGUUUGCUUCAUUUUCUCUCUCCUCAUCAUUGUCAUCGAAGGAGAAGGAAGAAUGUAAGGCAUGGCUUGUUCAAUCAAUUCCCACCGACAUGCCUGAACUCUCCCUUGUUCCUGGAGUUCUUUCCACUGCUGAUGUCUUCCGGUGGUUGGCCGGUAAUUCAACUAAAAAGCUGGACAUUAUGGCACAAUAUUGGCAAUUGGUUGCUGGACCUGAUAAUCCUCUUUCGGGGGAUUAUGGUUACUCAAAAGAAGAUAUGGAAAGAUAUGGAGCUCAAGAAGGUGUUAGUGUAUAUAAAGCUAUUGAAAAUGCUGCUGACCGCAAUAUUAAAAUUAGGCUUUUGCAGCAUUCAGGUGUAUCUCCUGAUUAUACCAAAGAGCCAUCUGACCUUGCAACAGGAUGGCCAAAUGUUGAGAGUGUUACAUUAUUACUUGGCAAAUGGUGGGGAUCUGGCAUACUCCAUGCUAAAGUUUGGAUAUCUGACGAACGUGAUGUUUACAUUGGAUCUGCCAAUAAUGAUUGGAAAUCUCUCACUCAGGUGAAAGAAGCUGGCAUUUAUAUUGCUGAUUGUCCAACAAUCGCCAAGAAAGUUGAGGUUUAUUAUAACAACUUGUGGACCCUUGGUUUGCUAAAUGCUUCAGCACAUACGACAACAACAUGGGACCAGCAAUGGCAGCUUAGUAGAACAGUUCCUUGCUGGUCGCAUUUUGUUACUCCUGCUGAAAGAUGCAAGUCUCCUCUUCCUCAUGAUUACGUCUUCGUUAAGCAUGUAGCUGGCUAUCCUUUGCUGUCAGAUCCCUAUAUGUUCCAAUUGCCUAUUCAGACUCCUGGAUACAGCACAAAUCUAACUACUCAGCAGUCCUCCAGUUAUCUCUCUUUUGCUCCUCCUGAGCUCUCCUUUGACAAGUUUCAGACGGAUGAACAAGCAUGGUUGGAUACUAUAACAUCUGUAGAAAUUGGAGGUACUGUUAGGAUCAGUACGAUGGAUUGGCUCGGUCAGUCUCAAUAUACUAAGCAAACUAUUUACUGGUCUACUCUUUCUUCUGCUAUAUCAGAGGUGGUCUUCUCGAAGAAGGCAACAGUAAAGAUCCUUGUGGCACGAUGGGCGCAUUUUAUAAACAGUACAGACCAAUAUUUGAAGUCUGAACUAUACACUAAUGUCUUGUGCCAUUCAUCGAAGUAUAACCACUGCUCAGGCAAAGUAGAAAUCAAGUACUACGAGGUGCCUGGUUACAACUCAACAGGACCAGCCCUUAGCGAAGCAACUAAAACAGGUAACCUCUACCCUGGCUAUACAAGGGUGAAUCAUGGAAAAUAUGCAGUCAGUGAUGUCAGAGCUCACAUUGGGACGAGCAAUCUCAUAUGGGAUUAUUUCUACACAACAGCUGGUGUCAGUUUUGGCACGUACAACCCUUCGAUAGUUUCCCAACUUCAACAAAUCUUCGAUGCCGAUUGGAAUUCCCCAUAUGCUGUUCCUGUUGAGCCACUGCAAGAAGACAAUUCUUUUUCAAGCUCAUGAGGUUUGUUCCUGUUGGAAUCGGGUUUAGAAACUCUUGAAACAGAUUCAGGAACACCUUUCAAAGAUUUUGACAAACCAAUUGUACGUUAUUCUCAUUUUGAAUAUAGGUUGACUAUGUUUUCAGUUGUACUGCUUUUAGUUUGGACUAUGUAGUUAAUUUAGGGAUCAUAAUUCGUUUAUGAAACCUGAUGAAUUUGUUUCCUGUAACUAUUAAAUAAAUCUACUACAUGGCUUAUUCUUGUUCA